CUCUUUCUCUCUCUCUCUCUCUUAUUCUAAGACGACUCUGUGAAGCAAUGGAGGAUGAAAGCUGACGUUAUUUCUGAAGAACAGAAGAGCCAGGGAAAGGGUUGAAAGAGAAGAACGUGUGAGACCUAAGAGCCUAUCCGAUUCUCUCCUCUCUACUAUCUCUUCAAUCGGGUCUGCUCUCUGAGUCAGUCAGGCCUCGCACUUUGGAGGGUUUCCGUUUGAUCUGUUGUCUAGAAGAAAGAGCUGGAACUGGAUUAUGGGUUUUGUUCACGAGCUUGUAUUAGGUCUGGGUUUCAUUUGGUUGAAUUUUCUGGCCAGUCACUGUUGGUUGUUCUGUAUGAGAUCGUGAGCUUAUAUCACAAGUUCAAAAUUUGUUUAAGAAGGGCAGGGCGGAAGAGCUCCAGAAAGACAGAAAUCUAUAACUAACAUUCUAUGCUUUGUUUAAUUCCAAUUUUGCUGGUGGACUUAGAUGGCCGUUCCCUCACUAGAACCACACCGUGAAGGCCAAGCUGACCGAUUCCCUUUGUUAAUGGAGCGUCCAGAUAGCCAAAGUGACAGAGAACAUGUUAUAGUCAUUGGGAGGGGUGGUGAUGCGUCCUCAUCUGGCUCAUCUCACAGUGAUCCUUUGCCUUCCCUUGACCUGCCACACCAUGAAGACAGACCUUCAAGUGGCACACAUGCCCCCACUUCUCAAUCUUCCUCAAAUGGGUCAAACACCAGAAACACCUCUUCCAUUAGAAGAGGUGAUGGGUAUGGCCGUCGCCAUAGGAGCCCAUUGAAUUCUGGUUUGUGGAUUUCCUUCGAGCUGGUAGUCACCGUGAGCCAGAUUGUUGCAUCCAUUGUUGUUUUAUCUUUGUCAAGAGAUGAGAAACCACAAGCACCAUUAUUCGAGUGGGUUGUGGGUUAUGCAGCCGGAUGUGUUGCAACCUUGCCUCUUCUUUAUUGGCGUUACCGUCAUCGCAACAACCAGGGCAGUACACAAGAUUCAGCACACCCACGUCAGGGAACUUCUCAGAGCAGCAACCCCUCAGAACCAACGUCUUACACUGCUAUCUCAGUUACUCAUUCCUCAGAAGGUGAAGAUCAACAUACCACAGUUACAGCCACCCCAAAUUUGAGAUGGUUUGCGCCUGGUAGACUGAGUGUGCUAGUGGAUCACUUCAAAAUGGCCUUAGAUUGCUUCUUUGCAGUGUGGUUUGUAGUCGGUAAUGUGUGGAUUUUUGGAGGGCACUCUUCUUCUUCUGAGGCUCCCAACUUGUACAGGUUGUGUAUAGUGUUUCUUACCUUUAGCUGUAUUGGGUAUGCCAUGCCUUUUAUUCUCUGUGCAACAAUCUGCUGCUGCUUGCCUUGUAUAAUUUCCAUAUUAGGCUUCCGAGAGGAUCUGACUCAAACAAGAGGAGCCUCUCCAGAAUCCAUUAAUGCUCUUCCGACCUACAAAUUCAAGUCAAAGAAAACUGGAAAUGGUGAUGACCGGGAAAUCAAUUCAGAAGGAGUGGGUGAUGGUGGGAUCUUGGCAGCUGGAACUGAUAAGGAGCGUGUAAUUUCAGGUGAAGAUGCGGUCUGCUGCAUUUGCUUGGCGAAAUUCGCUGACAAUGAUGAGCUGAGGGAGUUGCCAUGUUCCCAUUUCUUUCACAUGGAGUGUGUGGACAAGUGGCUGAAGAUUAAUGCAUUGUGUCCCCUCUGCAAGUGUGAGGUAGGUGAAAACAGUGGGGCCUCACCUUCAGCAGCUAACUCCAAUCGACGGCAAGGUGAGAGAAGGGUAGGCAAUGAGUCAUCUGGUGUGCAUGCAUAUGGAAGCACUGCUUUUUGAUCGGACAACCUUCCAAGUUAAGAUAUUAUAUAUCAACUUGUGUUCCGACCUUGACGUGUUUAUAUAUACAUGUAGGAUUACCCUGAGUUCAUCCAAUGCUAUUUCUAUUCUAUUCCUUUCCAUAUGUUAAUUUGAGAGAGAUGAUGUAGCGUUUGUUACUGGACCCUGUUCAAUGAAAUCAAUGAAUGUAUUUAAAAGCCUUUGUGACUGAAGGGUGAGGCAAUUCUUUGCAACUUGGUUUGUGGCCAUAAUUUUCUCUCUAAAUCUCUACAAUGAAACUGAGAUCUAGAAUUUGGUGAACACUGCAGUUUUG